AUGACAACUUUGGCAUCUGUCAACACCGCCGCUGUUUCGUCACCCUUUCUAUCUGGUCGUCUUAAUCUCGCCGCUUUACCCGACUCUGAGAGAGCCCUCCUCCCCGACGCCAAGGAAAGUCCAUUUGAGUCCGCAUUGAUUGGUGGAAGCCAGUUCUAUGAGUGUCACAUGCAUCGUAUCAAAGUUGGGACAGCUGGUGCCUUCGCUAGAAAACGUCCACCGUCGCGUUACGCCUCUGCCAAUCUUGCUUUCCAAUCACACUCAUGCUUUGACAUCUGUUUUAGCGAUUUGCCAACAGCACCGAAUCUUCCACGUCACUCAACUCGUCAUCUUUCCCCUCCUCGUCCACUCUCCAAACUCAAUCAAAUUUCAAUUCAGGUAUUCGAUAUUCGAUUACAUUUUUACUUCGAAUUACAACCCGAUACAUCUAUUAUAAGUAUUUUCAAUGCCAAAGUGGAUGUCAGAGCGGCAUUCGUGGAGGCAUCAUCUGUAAAACCCCAUCUUAUUUCCAAUCCUCGAUCGCCCUUCCGUGUACCUCUUGGAGAUUUACGUGAGGCUCUUGCUGGCCUUAAACCGAUUGGUGAAUGCAAACAAAAUGGAAAUUCCCCAUCGGCCAAUGCAUCUAAUCAGACUCUUACUGUUUCGAAGAAUUCCGCCUUCUGUCCACCUCUUCCUCAUUCCCAAGUUGAUUUUCCCCACGAUUCCUCACCAUCGAAUUACCAUCGCGCUAUGCCGCAUCCAAGCCAUCCCUCCACAACUGAGAAGAAUGUCCGCAGCCCCGAUUGGACAGAGGCAUUGCCGUCGGAUACACAAAAUCGUAAUUUCCAUGCUCCACCUCACCUUCAUCACUAUCCUCGAUAUUCUCCAGCUUCAAAUCGUGGAUCGCCUCACACAUCCCCGGCUAAAGCGAGUGGUGCUUUGGAUAAUUCAGCAAGGAUAACGCUUCCACCAACGAGUGAAUUGUUGGCUCCCUUAUUCAAUUCCAAACAGCCGAAUUUAAUGCGCGGUCCCCUUCAUGGCUUUGGGACUGAUGACCCAUUGCCUUACUGA